AUGAUUGCUUUUAACAGCGACGGUAUGAGUGUGGUGAGGAGAUGUCUUCUAACGUUCAAGCCCUUCAGGAUUUUUGUGGUAGGGCUCGGGUUCUUCAGCCUCUGCUUUCUAAUGACCUCUCUAGGGGGGCAAUUCUCAGCCAAGAGGCUUGGGGACUCUCCCUUCACUAUUCGUAAUGAAGUACUGGGUGGGCAGGAGUCUCGUGGGGUCCUGAAGAAGAUCAGUGACAUGCUGGAAAUGAUUUUAAAGAAAAUUGAUACCCUGGCGAAACUCACCAACACCAGCAGCAACCACAGACUGGAUGAGCUUAGCUCUGCUCUUGAUAGGUUUCAGCCGGUGGGACUUGUGGAGCGGAUUCAGGCCAUUGCACAAAAUGUUUCUGACAUGGCUGUACGCAUGGAGCAGAUCCUGCAGAAACGUAAGAAUGCCCACAGGGGUGCCAAAAACGGAAUGACAGGCCACUGUGAAAUCCCAAAGGAUCCUGGGUAUCCGGACUGUGCCAGUAAAAUAGAUUGGAUGCGAGCCAGAUGGACAUCGGAUCCCUGCUAUGCCUAUAACGGAGUGGACGGUUCUGACUGUUCCUUCCUCAUCUACCUGAGUGAAGUGGAGUGGUUUUGCCCCCCAGUGACCUUGAGAAAUCAAAGCAUUCAACCCACCUUGAACACAACACCAAAAACACAGGCAGUUAUUCAGUCUGAUUUGGGUCCUCUGCUGGAGCAGGUGGGUUCGGGAAAGGAGUCUUUAAACUUUAUGAGAAGGCGGAUACGCAGGUUAGCCGUGCAAUGGGCUGUAGCUGCACGCAGGCUGGACAAGCAUCUGCACGGACAACAGAGGCAGCAGAAAAAGGUGCUGGUCCACAUCGGUUUUCUGACAGAAGAAUCUGGAGACGUGUUCAGUCCUAGGGUGCUAAAGGGAGGGCCGCUGGGCGAGAUGGUGCAGUGGGCCGACAUCCUCACUGCUCUUCAUGUGCUGGGACACGACCUCAAGAUCUCAGUGUCAGUCAAAGAGCUGCAAGGGUUUCUUGGUGUUCCUCCAGGAAGAGGAAGCUGCCCACUGCGGGGACCUUUGCCCUUUGAUCUCAUCUACACUGACUAUCAUGGACUCCAGCAGAUGAAGCAGCACAUGGGACUUUCCUUCAAGAAGCACAAGUGCCAUAUCAGGGUGAUUGACACAUUUGGCACAGAGCCAGCUUAUAAUCACGAGCAGUAUGCAACGCUGCAUGGCUACAGGACCAACUGGGGCUACUGGAACCUUAACUGCAGACAGUAUAUGACCAUGUUCCCACACACUCCUGAUAACUCCUUCAUGGGCUUUGUGGCUGAAGAACUGAACCAGACUGAAAGACUCAAAAUUCAGAAACAAAAAGUCAACAACAUGGCUGUGAUUUAUGGCAAAGAAGCCAGCAUGUGGACGCUCGAGGGAAAAGAGAAGUUUCUGACCCUUCUGCACCGCUACAUGGAUAUUCAUGGAACAGUCUACUAUGAAACUCAGCGGCCUCCGGAGGUCCCAGUCUUUGUCAGAAACCAUGGCCUGUUACCUCAGGAUGAACUUCAACAACUUCUCAGAAAGGCCAAGCUUUUUGUAGGAUUUGGCUUUCCUUAUGAAGGUCCUGCUCCAUUGGAGGCCAUAGCCAAUGGCUGCAUUUUCUUGCAGCCCAAAUUUCAUCCACCUCGCAGUUCUCUCAACCACGAGUUCUUUAGAGGAAAGCCCAUGUCCAGAGAGGUGUCGUCUCAGCAUCCCUACACUGAGCAGUACAUCGGCAGGCCUCAUGUUGUCACUGUGGACUACAACAACACCAAAGAGGUUGAGGCAGCCAUUCUGAAAAUUAUUAACACCAAGGUAGAGCCUUACUUGCCCUAUGAGUACACAUGUGAAGGAAUGCUAGAGAGAGUAAACGCGUACAUCCAGAAUCACGACUUCUGUCAUCUCAGCAGCCCCUUUCCUUCAGCCAACGAGUCCAAACUGUGGCCAGGGAAUCCACCGAACCCUUUUGUCCUCAUGCCGAACUCCACAUCUGUGGUGUGGGCACCGAACAUCAGCGCACCAGCGUGCUGGCCCCCUCUUAGCGCCCUCAGGCUGUUUCUGGCCCCCGAGGGAUCCUCGUGUGUGAAGACAUGCCAGGAUGCUGGUCUUAUCUGUGAGCCUGCCUACUUCCCCUUCAUCAACAACAUAGAGGCCUUCAAUGGGCUUGAUGUCCAGUGUGAAGCCCUGGAAGCCGAGAUGAACCAUGUGUUUCCAGCUGUGGCGGUUAAGAGAAAAGAGUGCUUUGUACAGAAGGACGUGCUUCUGUUCAGCUGUGCAGGGAUCACCACCAAACACCGGCGCCUCUGUCCCUGCAGAGACUUCCUCCAGGGCCAGGUGGCUCUGUGCAGGGACUGCCUCUGAGCUCACUGUGGAUUUCUGGUCAUAUCUACAGUAU